CUCUGAUUUGCAAGGCUCCCGGGCGUCCCGUUCUUAACCAGCUAUGUGGCGCAAUGCCAAUUGUGGGUAAGGCUGAAUAUUUGAACCCAUGCCUACAGAACAUCACAGACGAAGACAAAGACAAUCCCUUGCCAAGACUAGACCAUAUUCAUCAAGCGAGUAGAUGGGAGAAAAUGAGACUUGCCAAGAGAAAGAAGCGAGGCCAAGUGAGGGUCUGCGGUUCCUUUCAAUGGGUCCUCACCCUCAUCCUCUGCACCACCUCCUCUUUCACUAUCACACAUGGCUAUCAUGCGUAGUUUGCAUCCCCAAGAAGUGAACCUGUGCAAUAGAAUUCAAUGCUUUUGCACACAUUUUCAUGUGAAAGCUAUGUAAAUUGAGCUUUUAGAAAAGCGGAAAUCUAACCUUAUAGUUUACUUGCAGAGGAGGGAGUAGAAUCACCCAGAGCCAUAGCCAAGAGUCAGAGGAAGAGUAGUGCAUAAAAC